AGCAUUGAUUUCCAGAAGAAACAUUAUUCAGUGCUAGGUGUUUAUUAGAACAUUGAGUGGGAAUCAGUAAUCACACAGCAAGGGUCAAAAGAAGCUAAUGUAACUGUUUUCCGGCUUUCCAGAAACCCAAGGAGCAAUCACCAAAUAAGAAUUCCUCAACACUGCAAGGAAAGUGCAGUGUCACCAUCAUGACUACAGUAAAUGCAACUAUGGUUUAUUCUACAGUAAACUCAACACUUUCUGUUCUAAGAGCAAACAACACUCAGAACAGUCAAAAUAUUGGGUACUCAAUUGUUGCCAGUUUUGCCGCCUUUUUUUCCAUCUUUGGGCUCAUAGGCAAUGCAAUUGUCAUCUGGGUUCUUACAGUGAAGAUGAAGAGGAACAAAUACACGGUGUAUAUCCUUAAUCUUGCCAUUGCUGAUUUUAUCUACCUUUUUUUUGAUGCUGUUGUCAUGCUUUUAUUUGUGGACAGAUUGCUUAACAUAAGGCAUCCAUCAAGCAAAACAUUCCAGGCCCUAGAAACCAUAUAUGAUUUUGGCUAUUCUGCAGGCAUGCUUUUCCUUACAGCGAUAAGCAUAGAGCGUUGCUUGUCAGUUCUCUUCCCCAUAUGGCACAAAUGUUACCGGCCCAAGCACUUAUCCACUUGGGCCUGUGGGUUCCUCUGGUUCAUAGGUGCUUUAUUAUCUCUCCUUGAUAAUUUUGUUUGCCCUGCUAAUGACUUCACUAUGAACACCCAUCAGUGCACAGCGAUACAAAUUUUCAACUCUGUUUUCACAUUUGCUAUCAUUGUUCCUUUGAUGGUUAUGUCCAGUUUUACUUUGAUCCAUGUUGUAAGGACAACAUCAAAGAAAUGUCGACCACCAAAAAUCUAUGUUGCCAUCAUAAUUACAGUUCUGGUGUUCUUGGUUUCCGUGGUACCUAUCAAAGUGUUGUGGAUUUUGUUAUAUUUUAAGUUAUUCCCAAGCAACAUUUAUUCAAUUGCCCUGUUCUUUGCCAGUACUUACUGCACUGUGUUCAACAGCAGCGUAAACCCAUUUAUUUACUUCUUUGUGGGGAGGCAAAAGAUGAAAAGGUUUAGUAGCUCGGUGAAUGAGGCGCUUAGCAGAGUUUUUAAAGAAGACGAAACAGAUCAAUCAACUGAAUAUUACACAGAGAGCAAUUCCACAAUGUCUACAUUAAAUUAGCAUGUUCCAGGAAGAUAUUUUAAGACUGAGUAAAGUGUGUGCUGAUAAUUCACCUGUUGAAGAAAAGCUACAAUCCUCUGUUCACCAUAGACUAAAGCUGGCCAUAGAUGUUGAGAUUUUUAAAAGAUCAGAUCGUCAUUGUGAGACCACGAUUAUCUCAG